AUGGCGGGGCUAGACGAGACGGCGGCGGCUAUGGAGCGGCACCAUCUAGUGGUUAUGGAGGAUACCCUCAGCAGCAGCAGCAGCAGGGCUAUGGCGGUCAACCUCCUCCUCAAUAUAGGGCCAGUCCCUAUUAGCGGCUGUAUAUUACUCUUA